AUGCCAUUUGGUUUGAAGAAUGCUGGGGCAACUUAUCAACUAGCCAUGGUACCCCUUUUCCAUGACAUGAUGCACAGAGAGGUUGAGGUGUAUGUGGAUGAUAUGAUUGUAAAAGCUCGUAAAACAAAGGACCAUGCGACCAAUCUUGAAAGGUUAUUUAAGAGGUUACAGAAGUUUCAACUCAGAUUAAAUCCGACAAAGUGCACUUUUGGAGUCAAUUCAGGAAAGUUACUUGGUUUUGUCGUCAGUGAAAGAGGAAUAGAAGUUGACCCGGAUAAGGUUCAAGCAAUUCGUGAUUUGCCUCCUCCCAAAAUGCAGAAAGAAGUUAGAGGAUUCUUGGGAAGUGUUGGUACCACCUGUGGCCGGGAGACCCCUCCUUUUUACUUGACAGUAAAUGAAAGAUCCAUGGGAUGUGUGUUGGGACAGCAUGAUGAAACUAGUAAGAAAGAAAAGGCAGUUUACUACUUGAGUAAAAAGUUCACUGAGUACGAGUCCAAGUAUUCCUCGUUGGAAAAGAUGUGUUGUGCUUUAGCAUGGACGGCGUAUCGACUUAGGCAGUACAUGCUAUAUCAUACCAGUUUGCUCAUUGCGAAGUUGGAUCCUAUUAAAUACAUCUUCGAGAAACCAUCUUUAUCAGGUAGAGUGGUAAGAUGGCAAGUGUUGUUGUCUGAAUAUGAUAUUGUAUAUGUGUCCCAAAAAGCUAUCAAAGGAAGUGCAAUCGCAGAUUUUCUGGCGAAAAGGGUGGAGGAGGAUUAUGAACUAAUGGAUUUUGAGUUCCCAAAUAAGGACCUAAUGUCGGUUUGUCAAACAAAUAAGGAGGAAUCAAAGGAGAAAGAGAAUUGGAAAAUGUUUUUCGAUGGAGCUUCGAAUGCCUUGGGGCAUGGCAUAGGGGUCGUGUUAGUGUCACCAGAAGGAGAUCAUUAUCCCGUCAUAGCUAAACUCAACUUCUAUUGCACCAAUAAUGUGGUUGAAUAUGAAACUUGUGUCAUGGGUCUUCAAGAAGCAAUCGAGAGGAAAAUUCACAUUUUAGAAGUGUAUGGGGAUUCUACUUGGGUUAUUUAUCAAUUGCGAGGAGAAUGGGAGGCACGUGACUCAAAGUUAAUCCAGUAUCAUAAGUAUGCUUCAAAACUGAUUGAAAAUUUUAAUAAGAUUUGCUUCACCCAUUUGCCUCGAGAGGAAAACCAAAUGGCUGAUGCAUUAGCCACGUUGGCAGCAAUGUUCAAAGUUGGUACCGAUGUCAAGAUUCAACCCAUCAUGAUUAAUCUUCGAGAGUGCCCCACACACUGCUCUAGUGUAAAGGAAGAAGUAGACGGGAAAUUGUGGUACCAUGAUAUUGUGCAUUAUCUCAAGUUUCAGCAGUAUCCGAAACAAAACUCAGAAAAUGAUAAGAAAAUCAUUAGAAGGUUGGCAAUGAAUUUCUUUUUGGAUGGGGACAUCUUAUACAAGAGAAGUAGGGAUCAAGUGCUUUUGAGAUGUGUGGAUUCAGCCGAAGCUCGGAGAAUAGUUGAGGAAGUCCACGAAGGAAUUUGUGGGGCACAUGCAAGUGGGCAUAUGUUGGCAAAACAGGUCAUGAGAGCAGGGUAUUACUAG